AUGCCAAAGGACGACGCAUUUCCAACAGCCGUACUCCCUCCUUCGGCCUUGACUGGCCGCAAGACGCGGAAGACUCUGGACUCUCAGAAGAAAGAACUUGUGUGGCCUGAUAAUCUCGAGGAAGCGCUCCUCGAGGCUCUGCGGUUCUAUCAGCCGCGUUCAGCUACAGGAAGGCCACUCCGGAGGUUCACAAAGCGCAAUUGCUUUAUCGCUGAACACAUCCGUGUUAGAACGGGCAAAGAAAGGACCGCAAAACAAGUGGGAAGUCGUCUCCAACAAAUCAGCGCGAGUUCUAAGGAUCCAGAACUCCUUGAGAUGAUCACUCGACGCUAUUACGGGCCAUCUUCCUCAGAAACGAAUUACGGAUCGCCCACAAAUUCUUCGCGUCUCUCCAGUCCAGUUAUUACCCCAUCUUUGACCUCGAUAAUCGACGAGGAAGGCGACGACUGUGACGACGCUUCACAUUUGGCAAUAUUCGACGUUACCGAGUCUCCCUUCGACCAGAUCCAACUCAACGUUGCCCUAUCAACAACUGGGAUUUCGGCCCAUCUUGGACUAGAUGCUGAGAUCAUGUCUCAUGGGUGCGAUUUGAUCUUGACCGUCGACAAUCCACAUCUUUCGCCAGUUUCACAUGGGCUGUCGAGUGCGCGUACGCUCCCCGACCUUCCAAUCGCUUCUCUCUCUGGACGAGUCCCAAAUGUUACCCUCUUUUCUUCGCUCCUUGACCCGACAAUCGCCUGUUUUUGCGCCUUCACGGUCUACUACGACAACUCGAUCUUCAUACACACGGAGAAGACCUCGCUCACCUCCUUCCCUCUGCCUUCGGGAUCGGUAAAAUAUACGACGCCUCUACUGCCAGGCUUCUGGGGAAAAUUAAUUUUGAAAUCAGAUAUUGAUCGCUACACUAUCGUUCAAGAUAUCGCUCAAGAAAGUACCAUGCAAAAAGUGGAUGUAGUAGCGGAACGGCGAUGGCUUUCGUUUACUUACGGCUUCGAAUCCACCGCCACCACCUCCGCGUUUCCACCUGCUUUCCGUGCAGAUCCAUCGUCCUUCAUUACUCCCGAGCAACAUAUUCCAAUAUCUUCUCCGUCGCUUCAUCCUUCAUUCCUCCAGUUCCAAACCGACCCCCCGUUUCUUCAACAUCCAAAUAGUCUUUAUCCAUGUCAAGGCAUUUGCGUGGGCGGCGUUCCAGAGACACUCGACUUCUAUGAGCAGUCGUCUCCUCACAAUACUAAGACAGGUCAUUUCGUGCCCUUCAUCGACUAG